AUGAGCCUCGAGAAGAUCAAUACACUUCCUAUACUAGAUCCAGACAACCCAAAACCUCCUACUUUGGCAGAAUUUUUCUCUGUUCGUAAACGGCUACGUCGGUCGCAUUCUACCCCCACACCAAGACAGGUAUUAUGGCCAGAAAUUCCAACGUCCUACGUUCCACUCGAUGCGAGCGCUACCCUUUGGACCCAGGUCAUCCGAAAGCUUGGGGUGCCCGAAGAAGUGACAAAGCAAGGCCUUCGAUUCGAGGAGAUUUACAGUAUCAACGACAACCGGCGCGAACUUCGACAGGAAUAUGAGAACAUACAUGCCCUCGUACUAGCGCUACCGAUGAAGGGGAGAAAACAGAAGAGCAAGCUUGACGAUGCGACAGACGCGGACAGCACAGGCACUGCUAAGGACCAGAAGAUCGCUGCAGACGUGUCAAAGGUACACCAACAGCGUACACAAAUCCCAACCGGCGGUGUUGGAACUGGCCAUCAGGCUCUUCGCAAUGGCUCUACAGUUGGCGAAACCUCCGACGUACAUUCAGCCGAUUUUAUACCAGACAUAUGUGACCGGUAA